UGGUGAUGAAGAGGAGCGCGUGAAGCCGUCGUGCUUCUGUUGGAUUUACUCUACGUGUCGAUGGAUGUUACGGAUGGUUUCUGUCGUUACUGUCCCUCCUGAGAGACACACGGAGACAUGGAGGACCGUCACCGGCGGACCCGGAGACUCGGGAGCCUCACCACCAAGUCCCGGGUCUCCAAGGAGACGAAGCUCCGGCUGCGCGUGGUCUUCCUGGAUGACAGCGAGCGCACGUUCGAGGUGGAGCAAAAGGUUUUAGGCGGCGACUUCUUCAACAAAGUGUGUGGACACCUGAAGCUGCUGGAGAAGGAGUACUUCGGGCUGGAGUUCAGACACCACAACGGCAACUACGUGUGGUUGGAGCUGCUGAAGCCGCUGGCCAAACAGAUUAAAUACACCAGCGAUCUGUUCUUCAGGUUUAUAGUUAAGUUUUUUCCACCAGAUCCUGGACAGCUAAAGCGAGGCCUCACCAGGUAUCUUUUUGCCUUACAGAUAAAGCAGGACUUGUCUAACGGCAGUCUGACCUGUAAUGACAACAGCGCCGCCCUGCUGGUCUCUCACAUACUGCAGUCAGAGCUCGGGGACUAUGAUGAGGAGCUGGACAGUCACCAUUUGGAGAUGAAGCAGUACGUCCCCAACCAGGAGUAUCUAGACCACAAGAUCACCAAGUUUCACAAGAAACACAGAGGUGUGUCUCCUGGAGACUCGGACAUCCACCUGCUGGAGGUGGCGAGGAAGCUGGACAUGUACGGCAUCAGGCCUCACCCGGCCCACGACGGGGAGGGAAUGAGGAUCAACCUGGCUGUGACACACUCUGGAGUACUGGUCUUUCAGGGCAACACCAAAAUCAACACGUUCAGCUGGGCGAAGAUCCGCAAGCUGAGCUUCAAGCGCAAACAUUUCCUCAUCAAACUGCACGACAAAGUCGGGCCAUCAUGUAAGGACACACUGGAGUUCUCCAUGGCCAGUCGAGACGUGUGCAAGUCCUUCUGGAAGACGUGUGUGGAGUACCACGCCUUCUUCAGACUGGCAGAGGAACCGAAGUCGAUACACAAAACACUUCUGUCCUGUAAAGGCUCCAGCUUUAGAUACAGCGGACGGACGCAGAAGCAGCUGCUGGAGUGCAUGGGAUCAGGGGAGAAGAAGCCUUCGCACUUUGAGAGGACUUACUGCCAGUCAGACUACGAUCCUCGACACUGUCGCUCCUCUCCUGAUCUCUUAACAGACGUCUCCAAACAGUUGUUCGAGCACACCCAUCCGUUUACCCGGGCGGGUCAUGCCUUGGCGGUCUGCAGUCAAGAUGAGUUGGACCCACAUCACCGAGACAUAGACUAUGUUGAAAUUGGUGGAAGGGGGGCUAAACGCAGCCGAUCGUCCGUCGAGGUCACCCAGAGGACUCGCCCUCUCUCCACAGCCACCCCCGUUUCUCCAUCAUCUCUACACCAAUCAACCCCGUCGCCCAAGAUAAGAUCCGCCUCCACAUCUGUGAUGGAGGACAUGAGAGGAGGACGGAUCGGAGCGCAGCGCCAAGCACAAAGGCUAGCCGGCGUCUAUGGGAACCGGUCACGGCGUCGACCAAAUCCCCAGCCACACCCAGAUGCGGCUCAGCAGUUGGUUCUCCUCUACCCAAACAGUCCUGCCUACCAGUAUCACCCCAUCCUCCCAUCAUUCCCAUUAGCCGGUCCCUCGCCUUUCAACCGACACCCCUACUUGUCGGACUACGUUGCCGUUUCUUCACUAGAGCGUUUUCCGCAUGUGAGGAGGCAGGAUUACGUGACAAUGGAUGGCCUAUCACGUCCACCUUUCUAUCCUCUAAGCCAUGCUUCUCCGUCCCACUCGCCAAUCAGGAGGAACCUCCGCCCCUCCGGCUCUGGCGGUCUGGGAUUGGCUCGGGUUUACCAGCCGGGAAGUAAUGGAGCGAGGCACUUGGGUGUUGGACGUACAGAGGCGGGGCAUUACAGCGAUGACUCCAACUUCCUCCCGGGGCUGCCUCGCCGUGUUGCUAGCCAACCAGAUGUAAAGUUUAACCUCUCAAGGAGUUCUAACCCAACCUUUAACCCCGCCUCGGAGUUCCGCCCCCUUGGUUACUACCCCCACCUGACACGCCCCUCCAGACCCACCUACCUCCCAUUAAGCUCCUCCCCUCUGCCUGAUCGACCUACCUCGCUUUGCAUGAUCGCGGGCACCACGGGAAGCUAUAGCGACUCCGACCCGGAGGUUUUCUAUCCGUAUUACUGCCCGCCACCUCCGCUGGGGAAAGUACGGUCCGCUGGACUUGCCAGGAUGAGGUUCUCCUCUGGGAGCCUCCAACUGGACGAGGAGGAGGAGGGGGAGGAGGAAGAAGAGGAUAGAGGAGCUAAGGAAGAGGCAAAAGAGGAGAUAAAGUGUGAAGAAGACAAGACAAAAAAGACAGAAGGGGGAGACGAGACUAAAGGUGCUGCAAAGAUCACUGAAGUCACACUGUAGAAAAAAACGAGUUCAUAAUGUGAUCAAACUGGCAGGUUUUU